UGCUUAGCUUAGCAGACUUUCAGUACAUUCAUUCCCUUCUUUUUUCCCUUUUAACAAAAACAAGCAGAGUGCUAAGAAAUGCAACCCCUCUGGGAGGCUUUCAGCCUUGGCCGGAGCCGCCUGAGCCUCCCCCCGGAGCAGGGAGGCUGCCGCUGGCCCGGGCUCAGCGGACGGCUUUCUGGGACAGUCAUUCCUGACUCCAGCCGGUGUCCGGGCGGCUGUGUGAGGGCAGAGCGGAGCCACUCCACGAUCGCUCGGCACCAGACGGCAGCGGCAUGGCGCUCCGGGGAGCCUGCCUCCUCCUCCUCCUCUGCCUCCUCUCUCUCGCCCAGGUCUCCGGCCAAGUCCGGCAGAAACCGGCGGCUUCCAAGAAAGAGGGUGUGAGCCUCAAAAUGAUUGAAGACCUGAAAGCCAUGAUUGACAACAUCUCUCAGGAGGUUGCUCUACUGAAGGAGAAGCAAGCGCUCCAGACAGUUUGCCUGAAAGGCACCAAAAUUCACCUAAAAUGCUUUCUGGCAUUUUCGGACACCAAGACGUACCACGAGGCCAGCGAAAACUGCAUCUCACAGGGUGGCACGCUCAGCACCCCCCAGAACGGGGAGGAGAAUGAUGCUCUCUAUGACUACAUGCGCAAGAGCAUCGGCUCCGAGGCAGAGAUCUGGCUGGGCCUCAAUGACAUGGCAGCAGAGGGCAAGUGGGUCGACAUGACAGGCAGCCCCAUCCGCUACAAGAACUGGGAGACUGAAAUCACCACCCAGCCCGACGGCGGCAAGCUGGAAAACUGUGCAGCUUUGUCGGGGACCGCCAUCGGCAAGUGGUUCGACAAGAGGUGCAGAGAACAGCUGCCCUACAUCUGCCAGUUCAUGAUCGUGUAGCGGCAGGGCCUCCCCCAUGCCCGCCCACAGCCCGUGUCUUCCCCCUCAGCAGCAGGAUUAUGAAGCUAUAGGUGUGUGUACGUGCACGUGCACAUGUACGUACACACACCCGUGCGCACAUGUCCAAGUAGGUCACUCUUUGCAAAGAGAGUCAUCGCGGCUCAGUGUUGGAUUGUAGAGCGUUAGAGCAUUUCAUUUGGCCAUAACCAGCCCUCUUAGCAGCUGCGCUGUUCUUUCUAAGGCAUGAUUCAUAGAUAUAUUUUUUUACACAGGGAAUUUAUUAGGAUGGCUCAGUUGUUUUGGCAAAGAACCAGUGCAGCAGUCCAGCCUAGCAUACAGCUGCCUCAGCUGCCCAGGGCUGUCACUCUGCAAUGUCCUUUCCCAUCUUGCUGAGCUUUGUUGGGACACUAGCAGAGCUAAUUUCUUCUUUCUUCUCUUGUUUUCCUUCCCCAAAAACCUUGGCAGUGAUCCGUGGGAGCUCCUUGUUCCUCGUAGUGCCAUGAUUCAGCCUGCUGAGGAUCAAGGUCCUGUCUCAAUGAGUGGAGGGAGUUAUUCCUGCUUUGCAUUGACAGAUACAAUUGGGUUUAUUUGGCAGAGUACCAGCUGUUCAAUGAGUUGUCCAGCUAGUUGAGUUAUGUGCAUGAACAAAUUAGCAAGUUACAGACAUGUUUGGUCCUUUCCUCAUCUGCCAGAAGCCAGUUUCACUGACUUCAGUGGGAGAGCAACACCCACUGCCAGAUCUUUUAAUGAAAAAAUCCCAUCAGAAGCUUUAUUUAUGCUGCAGCAUCAUGGUGGAAGCAGCAAUGACUUGCAACAUAGUUAGUCAAAUAUAUUAUUAAAAACAGAAGAUGAACGUAUUACAUAAAUAACAUAAACAUAAUGCUAUUAGGGAAUACACUGCUAUAUAAAAGCAACGGUGUAUUGAAAACAAACUCCAGGACAACUCACUUCAGCAGCUUUAGGAAUAACCUGACCUGUUUAUGUGAUGAGAACACAGAUGAAAUAGUCCAGUUGCUAGUCCAGACACAGUCCUCAGCAAGCAUAAAUCUGCUGAGCACUGUGCCAAUAUAGUCAUGCCCAGUUGAAGGUCUGGCCUCAGUAAUUUUCUACUGAGACAUGAGUAAAAGAAUAGAAAUAAAUUUAAAUUAACAGCAAUGAUGGGAAAGUAGUGCAGAUCACCCCGGCAGCUUAAUGAAGCUUUGCUGGCUGUUGGCUGAAAUGUAUCAGAGAUUCUUUGCAGUCUAGUGCUUGGUAAUAACCCCUCCAGUUUGGCUCACAUCCCUUGUGCUUCCAGGUUGGGGGUGUCAAGACAUGAUGCCGUUGGGGAACCCACAGGAUAGGUAUUCCAAUUUGCUGCUCUGUUUAAAAGCAGCAUGAUGGUAGGUCUUCCAAGACAUCAAGUUUGAGCUAAGCUGGAAACAUAGAUACGCAAAUGCAGAGUGCACGCUUCUGAGGCUGUCACUAUUGCCAAACUCUCUGCUGUUCAAAUGACUAUAAAAUAAAAAUAUCUACAUAGCUUGCUGAAGGAA